UCUCAUUGUUAUAGCAGAUAUCUAUGUUAUGUUCGUCUUUUCCCUUACACGAAACUAACUCUAUUUCUUAUUCAUUUUUUUCUUCCUAACUCCCACUUUCUCUGCAUCACCUCUCAUUUCCUCGUAAACCCAAUUUCAGUUAACAAAAAAGAUCACAACUUUGCCUCAACAAUCCAUCUGUUUCCGUUUCAUGGGCUGGUCUAGGGAUUGGGAACCAUAGACGCCGCCAUGGACAAAUUUCUUCAGAGUCUUGGCAAACACUUCAAAUUCGGUUUCGGUAAAGGGUUCUCUUCUUCUCUGUUUCUGCUCGGUUGUGUUUUGAUCAGAGCGAAACAAUGAAGCUGACAUACAGAGAAUGGCUGCACAGGAGCAGAAGAUCUUUGCCUAUGAAACCUUGGCUGCUGCCACCAAGAAUUUCAGUGCUCUUCACAAGCUAGGUCAGGGAGGUUUUGGACCUGUCUUCAAGGGGAAGCUGAAUGAUGGGAGAGAGAUUGCGGUGAAGAAGUUAUCACACACCUCAAAUCAAGGGAAGAAGGAGUUCACGAAUGAGGCCAAGUUAUUGGCUCGUGUGCAGCAUCGGAAUGUGGUAAAUUUGUUGGGUUAUUGUGUCCAUGGCACAGAGAAGCUACUUGUUUAUGAGUAUGUCCCUCAUGAGAGCCUUGACAAGCUUCUAUUCAAAUCGGGUAAGAGAGAGCAGCUUGAUUGGAAACUUAGGUAUGGAAUAAUAACGGGUGUGGCGAAGGGAUUGCUUUAUCUGCACGAAGACUCGCACCAUUGCAUCAUACAUCGUGACAUUAAAGCUAGUAACAUCUUGCUUGAUGACAAAUGGACGCCCAAGAUUGCAGACUUUGGAAUGGCACGUCUCUUCCCAGAAGAUCAAACCCAGGUCAAUACACGUGUUGCUGGAACCAAUGGGUAUAUGGCUCCGGAGUAUGUGAUGCAUGGAAAUCUAUCUGUGAAGGCAGACGUAUUCAGCUAUGGAGUUUUGGUAUUGGAGUUGAUCACUGGCCAACGAAACUCCUCUAAUUUUGAUGUGGAUUCGCAGAAUCUGCUUGAUUGGGCAUACAAGCAGUACAAGAAAGGGAAGAGUUUAGAAAUUGUAGAUUCGGCAUUAGCAUCUACGAUGGUAGUUGAACAAGUAACCAUGUGCAUUCAACUGGGUCUGCUAUGCAUUCAAGGUGAUCCACAUCUACGUCCAAACAUGAGACGUGUGGUGGUGAUGCUGUCAAGAAAGCCAGGUCACAUGGAAGAACCAACGAGACCAGGAGUACCUGGUUUCAGAUAUAGAAGACCUUCUAGGCAAUCUGCAACAUUGUCUUCCACUCCUGGUACCUCUGGUUCACAGACUACUGAUUCAAGCAACAACUGUACCACUCUUACUACUACUGUAACAGGAACUACCUCAGCUACUGCUGAAAUAGACCCGAAAGGGAAAGGGAAACGUCCAAUGCAUGGUUAGGCUCAUUAUUAUUAUAUUUUUGCCACGCAAUGGGUUCUAUUAUUCUUUUUUUGUAAUGUAAGUACGGGAUGUGAUCUAACUAGGAUGUAGAUAUUUAGAGGGUUAGGUCAGGAAUGGCAAGUGAAUUCUUAUUCUUUCAUAUUUUAUAAGUGAGGAGUGAGCUUGAAAAGUUAAUGUAAGGUGCCGGAUUAUUAUUAUCACAAAAUAUAUGGAACUAUAUAUCUCAACAGAAAUAUUUCAUGAGAAUUGAAAGAAAGGCUUCAUUCACCUCAAAAGCAUGAUUUAUUAUGGAAGCUGAAUGGCACUUGGGCCGGUGAUGUCUAAGUCUUGUAUAGAGUGAGGCCUAUUUGUCCUUAUUCAAGUGAGGUUGAUGUAGAACACUUUUUAU